CUCCCCCUCUACCCCCACGCKAGCUCGGCCUUCCCCCUCUUGCGGCCGGGAGGGACGGCGGAAGGCCGCGUAGUCCCUGGCGCCCGGGAAGCAGCCCCUGACGGCCUGGCGGCCCCGCGCCCUCCGCCGACCCCCGCGUGCCCGCGGCCUGCCGAUUCUCCUUUGGGCGCGCGCGGUCUUCCAGGACAUGUGGCCCGUGCCCAGCGCUUCCGCUUCUCGGAGGAGCGGGGCCCGGGAGCCCACGGGCCCGAGCUGGAGGUCCGCGUCCCGCAGGUCCUGCAUCUCCAAUACGGAAUGUACGUUUGGCCCUGUGCUGUAGUUCUGGCCCAGUACCUAUGGUUUCACAGAAGAUCUCUGCCGGGGAAGGCUGUCUUAGAGAUUGGAGCUGGAGUGAGCCUUCCAGGAAUUUUGGCUGCAAAGUGUGGUGCUAAAGUAAUACUGUCAGACAGCUUAGAGCUGCCCUACUGUCUAGAAAUUUGUCGGCAAAGCUGCCAAAUGAAUAACCUGCCAUGUAUGCAGGUUGUAGGACUGACAUGGGGUCACAUCUCUCAGGAUCUUCUGGCCCUACCACCACAAGAUAUUAUUCUUGCAUCUGACGUAUUCUUUGAGCCAGAAGACUUUGAAGACAUCUUAACUACAGUAUACUUCCUGAUGCAGAAGAACCCCAAGGUUCAAUUGUGGUCUACAUACCAAGUUAGAAGUGCUGACUGGUCACUUGAAGCUUUGCUCUACAAGUGGGAUAUGAAAUGUGUCCAUGUUCCUCUGGAGGCUUUUGAUGCAGACAAAGAUGAUAUAGCAGAAUCUGCACUUCCAGGAAGACAUACUGUUGAAAUGCUGGUCAUCUCCUUCGUAAAGGAUAGUCUCUGAAUUUCACCUACAAGCUGUUCUGGGACCAUGUCAAUUUGAUUAGCAACCUGGCAACUAGGAUCAGGCUACUUCAGCU